AUGUUGACUCAGCGCCAAGCAUUUCUUUCCGAACAGAAGUCGUUUCGAACUUCACUGAACCGGAACGACGGCUUAGAUCUCCUUCCUGUUGAGCAUCCCCUCAUUCUAAGUCUACCGACUACUCCCGUCGUCAAGAUGAUGUCCCAAUCUCUCCGGGCUUCGGUAAUUUACUACAAACGAAUUGCUUCCGAUCAACAUGCUAACGCGAUUCUCUACCAGCGCUCCCUCUUCACCCGUGCCGCCCGGCAACAGGUCCCGGUCGCUCGCACCUUCCUGACCUCCGCUGUCCGCCGCGCCGACCCCGUCCAGGACCUGUACCUCCGUGAGCUUAAGGCCUACAAGCCCACCCCCAUCAAGGCCGGCGACGCCGACGCCCACGUCCAGAAGUUCGUUCUUCCCCAGGCUCCCGCCUCCCCCGAGGAGUCCAACCUUGCUGCUGAGCUGUCCGCCUACGAGCAGUCCGAGGUUGAGGUUGAGGGCCAGGCCGUCGCUGGUGAGGCCGCCCCCGUCGAGGAGAGCUGGUUUGUUGAGGAGGAAGAGGAGGCUGCUGCUGCCCACUAA